AUUUAUGACGUAAGGUAACCGAAGGGCUGUUUUGUUUUGUACUUUUUAAAGUUUAAACUCUCUACCAAUUGGAAUCCAGGAAACCAGAAUGAUACCCUAACCUGAUUGAUUUUUUUUUUCUUCUGCAUUUCUGGUAAAUGAGAAAAAGAUGUUUUUUUGUUUGUUUUGUUUUGUUUUAUAAAGCAAGAUAUCUGGGAUCCUUUUUCUUAAAAGUAAAAACAAUAGCAACGUUUCUAAGGGUACUGCACUUUGUACAGACUUGGGGCUUCUGUAUCUGUUGACUGUGCAACAAGAGUGAAUGCAAGAGUGAAUGUUAUCCAUGGAGGUGCAGAGUCCUUAGUAGUCAAAGAAAAAGUUAUUUAAGUCCAAUAUGGUUGCAAAGAUAAGAAAACUGUGCAUACAGAUCUUGGAGAGAUUUCUGAACAAUAGAUAUUGCACACACACACACACUUCUAAAUCCUAAAUUUAUCGUAAAUUAGAAUUAUUUUGUCUUUUUAAUAUUUCGGGGUAAACUGAACCGGAAGAGAAUACUCCUGACUUGUGCAAAAUGGAACUAUCAACUAACAGAUAUGAAUUUUCUUGUUUUCAUUUUUAAUCAAAGAGAGAAAUAAAACUUGCUUCUCAAUUGGAUGGGGGGCUGACAUUAGAAGGUAGUAAUAGUCUUUACUUCAAAACAAAAUUUGCCAAAAAAAAAAAAAAGGAAGGAAGAAACUUUUCUGACCCAAGAGACCCUUUCUUAGCUCUUCUUAGGACAGUCCUGUCUCCUCCUGGGUCUCCAGCCACCCUGAGGACCGUUGGGAAAAGCACCUUAGAAGCUGUAUGUAGUGACCUGGAGACUGCCUGCUCUUAACUGACAGAUCAUCUGCAAUGUCUGCUGAACAACGUGGGCGUUCUCGGAGUUUGUGAUUUUGCCAUUCUAGGGCAGAUGAAUGCUUUAAUUUUUUUGAACUUUUUAAAAAUUCAGAGUCUCACAACUCAGUGUUGCAUCAGGCUGUAUAAUACCACGACAUCCAAAGAGAGAGAGACAACUCAAUGUGGUAUCAACAUUUUAGGAAAAUCUUGAAAUUUCAUUUCAGUUCCCUGUGUCUCUGGUGGUUUGCCUAAACCUACAAAUGUCACCUUCUUAUCUAUAAACAUGAAGAAUAUCCUACAAUGGAAUCCACCAGAGGGUCUACAAGGAAUUGAAGUUACUUAUACUGUGCAAUAUUUCAUAUAUGGGCAAAAGAAAUGGCUGAAUAAAUCUGAAUGCAGCAAUAUCAGUAGGACCUACUGUGAUCUUUCUGCUGAAACUUCCGACUAUGAGCACCAAUAUUAUGCCAAAGUUAAGGCCAUUUGGGAAGCAAAUUGCUCCAAAUGGGCUGAAACUGGACGAUUCUAUCCUUUUUUAGAAACACAAAUCGGGCCACCAGAGGUUGCUCUGACUACCGAGGAGAAGUCCAUUUCUAUCGUCCUGACGGCCCCAGAGAAGUGGAAGAGAAAUCCAGAAGACAGUUCUGUUUCCAUGCAACAAAUCUACUCCAAUCUGAAGUAUAACGUGUCCAUAUGUAAUACUAAAUCAAAUAGAAUGUGGUCCCAGUGUGUGACCAACCACACGCUGGUGCUCACCUGGCUGGAGCCGAACACUCUGUACUGCGUCCACGUGGCGUCCUUCGUCCCCGGGCCCCCUCGCCCAGCUCGGCCUUCUGAGAAGCAGUGUGUCAGGACUUUGAAAGAUCAAUCUUCAGAGUUCAAGGUUAAAAUCAUCUUCUGGUAUGUUUUGCCAAUAUCUGUCACCGUUUUUCUUUUUUCUGUGAUGGGCUAUUCCAUCUACCGAUACAUUCACGUUGGCAAAGAGAAACACCCAGCAAAUUUGAUUUUGAUUUAUGGAAAUGAAUUUGACAAAAGAUUCUUUGUGCCCGCUGAAAAAAUCAUGAUUAACUUUAUCACCUUCAAUAUUUUGGAUGAUUCUAAAAUUUCUCAUAAGGAUAUGGGUUUACUGGAAAAAAGCAGUGAUGUAACGUUGGAUAACCUUAAAGAUACCGAGCCCAGUGGGGACCCGGAGCCAGCAGGGGAGGAAGAGGAGGUGGAACACUUAGGGUACGCUUCGCAUUUGAUGGAAAUUUUCUGCGACUGUGAGGAAGACACCAAAGGUACUUCCCUCUCCCAGCAGGACUCACUCAGCAGCACAAUACCCACCCAUACAACAGGCACUGGGUAUGAAUAUGACAUAAGAACCGCUGACAUUCGUGUGGGGCCUGAAGAUCCAGAGCUCAGUCUGCAGGAGGAAGCUUCCACACAAGGAAGAUUAUUCGAGCAACAGGCAGCCUGGGCAAACUUGGGCCCACAGACGUUACUGCACUCAGGCACCCCUGAGCUCAGAGACUUACAACGUCAGGCGCAGGAGCACACAGACUCAGAAGAGGGGGCCGAGGAAGAGCCAUCGGCGACACUGGUCGAUUGGGACCCUCGGACCGGCAGGCUGUGUAUACCUUCACUGUCUGGCUGUGACCAGGACGCCGAGGGCUGUGAGCAUCCUGAGAAAGAUUGUCACAUGGAGGAGGAGGGCCUUUUAGCCCGACUCCAUGAGGAGCAGGCCACAGACAAGCCACCAGAGGAAAAUGAAACCUAUCUCCUGCGAUUUAUGGAGGAAUGGGGGUUGUAUGUCCAAAUGGAGAACUAACGCCAAAACUUCCCUUUGCCAGACCCCUCGUGUGACAUGGCCUGUGAGCGCAAACAAAUGAGGGACCUGACAAUAAAGCACCUUCCUGGGAUAAAAGAAGUUUGUUCAGAUUUUUCAGUGUGAGUGAGAAUCACUUCUUCUCUCUGUGCUCAUAGCGCUUGCUUGGUCCUGCCGCCUGCAGGUGGUUGGUUCACGCUCGUGGGUCUCCCGCCAUGGUGGUGGGCACCUAGAAUGCAGUGGCUGGCCCGUUGCCUUAUACAGAGGAUGCAGUUAAUAAAUGUUUGCCAGGCCGGGUGCAGAAUUUA